UAAAAAAAAAAAAAACACAUUGCUAAAAUUAAAACCUCACAUACUCUGUAAUUCAUUCACAUUUCAACACUUUUCCUCCUCCCAAAAAAAAAAAAAUCAUCAGAAAAUGGCACCAGUUGCAGUUGGAAACACUAUUCCCGACGGAAAUCUGGUUUACCUUGACGAUAACAACCAAAAGCAGGAUGUUUCCGUCCAUUCUCUCGCCGCCGGAAAGACAGUCGUCAUCUUCGCCGUUCCCGGCGCUUUUACCCCUACUUGCAGUCAGAAGCAUGUACCUGGAUUCAUUGAAAAGGCUGAGGAAUUGAAGUCAAAGGGAGUUGUUGAAAUCAUCUGUAUCAGUGUGAAUGAUCAAUUUGUGAUGAAAGAAUGGUCGAAAACAUUCCCAGAAAACAAGGAUGUGAAGUUUCUUGCUGAUGGUAGCGCAGCUUACACCCGUGCCCUUGGCCUUGAGCUCGACCUUACAGACAAAGGACUGGGAAUAAGGUCUCAGAGGUAUGCUCUCCUCGUCGAUGAUCUGAAAGUGAAGGUUGCAAAUAUCGAAGCAGGUGGUGCAUUUUCUGUCUCAAGUGCUGAUGAAAUCCUCAAAGCCUUGUGAAUUUGCAAAUCAAACCUUGAUUGCUGCUUCUAAGCUUCACCUUAAAUAUGGUUUGGUUUAGUGCGUUUUAGCAAAAUAAUGUUGUGUAUCAUUAUGAACCCGUUUUAUUUAUCUCAUUAGUGAGGGUUUUGGUCGAUUUGUAGACAGUGGAACCAAACCCAUCUGUGGGUUAAGUGGCUCAUAUGUUGCACAAGAAACUCAGUUUUAUUAUUACCAGCAAUGUUAAAAUCAUUUCAUA